GCUCGCGCCCGCUCGACCCGCGAUGCCGUUGCUCAUCGACGAGGCCAUGGGCGCCUUGAAGGACAAGGGCAUGACCUACUCGGAGUUGGACGCGGCCGCCGUGUCCAGCAAGGCGGCGGGGGACAUUGACGGGCCCAUCGACGUCGGCACUUUUACCCGCGGUGCUCUGCGGAAGCUGGGCGAGGCGAGGGUGACCAGGUCUCUCUUCGACGUCGUGGAAGAGUUUCCGAUGCCAGAGAAUCUGGGCCAGGUCAUGGAGCAGAUCGCGGGGCAGACGUACACCGACGUGCCGCCUGCUCUUCGCCCAGGCGCUGAACUCCCCGAAGGCACCAAAUACUCCGUUGUCGUUGGUGGCAACGGCAACGGCGCCGCCGUCGCCGUCAAGAUCUACGCGUUCCAGAACCAGGUGCCCUUGAAGACCGCACAGGAGCUCGCGAUCGGCGUGGAGGAGAAGCAACGGGCGAAACCGACAGACGGCGAAAAGAAGAGAUGGGAGGCCACGGACGAGGAGCUCGAAGAGGGCAUUGACUUCAUCAACAAGCACGCGCCCGCCGUGAACGACAUGAACCAGCAGUGGCUCUUCAUUGAGAAGAACAUCAAACAGAGCAGCGGGUCCAAGAUUGCGGGGUGGCCGUGGGCUAAAGUUGCUAACGCAGUGCGCAACCGAGCGAAGGCAGCAACGGGGUGCGCCAAGGUUGAGCGCUCGUUCCCCCUGUGCGUGUUCGACUUGCACCCGCUGUGGCCAGAAGUGUUGCUUCCGUGCGUCUUCCCGCUCCUAUCGCAGUUUGGACUCCUCUUCUUUGGCUUGCCUGGCAUCGGCAAGGCGCCCACUUUCAUCGUGCUCGCCAUGGCCAUGGGCCGCUACACUGCGGCGUGCUCGGGCGGUAAUCUACUCCCUGGAUGGCGCCGCAGCAAGUCGAUGGACGGCUUCAAGUCCAGCCAGGGGACAGCGUCCGAGGGCACUCUCCUCGACGACCCUGGCAUGUGGCAUCUCUCGAUCGAUGACCUGAAGUCCUUCUUCGACGCCGCAGAGGACACCUUCGCCAGGGCCAGGUACAACGACGCCAAGUUCGUGAAGAACUCAGCGCGGUGCUUGGCGGAGAAUGAGUUCGAUGAGAAGGACGAGCCGCCCGCGGAUGACCGAACCAUUAUCACCGCGGCCGAGGCUGAGAAGCUGUUCAUGAAGCCGUUCUCGGGGUGGAGGCAGGCGCAUGUCCUCGCGGUGCUCAAGCGCACCGUCGCGUGCGUCGCUGGUCGCCACUCCAUGUACCUUCGCUUUCCCAGCAGCGACCCCGACGCGGUGGUCCACCGCAUCAGCUUCGACAACAUCGAGAAGGACUGGUUGCGCGACAAGCAGUACUGGGGCAAUGACAACAAGAAGUACUACAACCUCUACAAGCAGGGCGUGGAGGUGUUCUACGACAACUUCGACGAGCAGUUGCAGAGGGAGCAGGACUUGAUCGACCGUGCCGUGACCGCGCGCGGGGGCGGGCUGGCCGACGCCUACAUCGCCGAGUGCAACGAGUCCUUGCAGGCCAAGCUGCUCUCCGUCAUGGAGUCGUCCUCCAGGCUGAGCGCGGCGCCGCCGCGCCCCAAGGCCGAGGCCGGCGACGGGGCCUCCAUGCUCAGCGCGGCGCCGCCUAGCCCCGAGGCCGAGGCCAGCGGCGGGGCGAUCGCUCUCCGCGUGCGCCCAGAUGGAGACGGGAGUUACGUGUUCCCGACGGGGCCGCCGGUACCGCGCACCAGCACCAAGCGCAGCCGGUGCCGCAUCGACGGCGUGGGGGCGAGAGAGGUGCGUCCGAGGGGCUCCCCGCCGUCGCUUGUCGAGGGCCAGCCCGACAUCCUGGCCGCGGAGCUGGGGGCGAUGCUCGAGGCCGAGGGCUUGGCCACGCAGCCUGGCGUCGAGGCAAGCCCGCAGGGCUUUGUGGUCGCUCACGGGCCUGGCAUCCUAGAGCUUUCUCGCAGGCAUCUGGCGAUUUCUUCGGCUCGAGCGCGCUGCGCUUGCCAUCUCUGCAGGCGCCGCGGCCGCGCGGCGGCGGGGGCGCCCUUGGCCAUGGCGCCGAGUAAGCGCCAUCGCUGCAGCUGCUGCGGCAAGUCGGGGCACACCGUGGCGACGUGCCCGAGCCCUGGCGCUGCUGUCAUCAAGAGUCUGAAGGCGAAGAUCAGCCGCUUGGAGAAGACCAGCGCCAAGCCGAGGACGGGCCAGCUGAGGGCGAGCCAGCCGAAGUCGUUCAAGAAGUUGCGGCGCCAGCGCUCCAAGCUGCACUCGGCUGGCCACAGCGAGAAGCGCGCCAUCGCGUUGCAGGCCCUGUUCGCGCGGGGCCGAAGGGGCGCUGCCACCAACAAGGACUUGCUCUACUUCCGCUGCAACGAUUGGGGGUGCCACUGCUACCACAGCGUCAUGAAGUUCUCGAAGAUCCCGUACAAGCUGAUCGGGCAAUUGAGCUGCGUCCAGCUGAGGUCGCCCCUCGAAUCCUAUACGGACGCGGCGGGCCAGGGCAGCGCCAGCGCGCGGAAAGCUGCCAAGUCGGCAUACUGCGGGUACAACGUCGCGCACCGCCUGUACAGGUAUCUGCGCGGCUUGGAGGCGGACGCAGGGGACAAGGAUAACGAGUCGACGCAGCUCGGCGGGGAGAUCGAGCCCAUCCGCAACAUCGAGGGCGACGGCACGCUGGUCAGGAAUAUCAGGGUGAGCAGCAAGAGCACGACGUGGCGGACCGAGAUCGCAGAGGCGAAGAAGAGGACGAGCGCAUACCUGAGGCUGAAGGCAUGCAGGGCGAAGAAGCGGUCCUGCAAGUUCGUGGAGCCCAAGCACUACAUGGUCCACGUCCGCUACGUGGGGCUUUGUGAGCGAGGUGGCAGGGUGACCGUUGCCCCACUUCCUGUCCGCGUGGUGCCGCCUGGCACGGCGCCGCCGCCCGAGGCGCAGGACGGGGUUCUCCAGUCGGGCAUCAUGAACAGACUGGUGAGGAAGAAGAAGGUGUUCCUCUUCUCCGACGGCAGGCGCAACAUCGCGCUGUCGGCGGUGGUGCACCAGAAGCGGCAGUACACGAAGCUCAUUGCCAAGAACAAGAGGGGGCAGUCCCGCCUGGCUGGCACGCAGGCAAUGGACUCACGGUGGAAGUACAUGAAGUCGUACAUCCCGCGGACCCUGAAGGCCGCCAAGGGUCGCGCCGUGAACCCUGAGCUGCGCACAUACAUCAUGUCGUGGCAGCGGAGGCAGAACUUGGCAUGCACGGGCGCCGCGCUGUGGGAGAGCGCGGCCAGCCUGGGGACCCACGUGCUCCUUGAUGCCAACGCGCUGAGGCAGAUCAAGGGAAUCACAAAGAUUCACAGAUUCUCAGCGCUGCAUUUCGUGGCAAUCUUUGUGACAGCCGAGGGCUUGAUCACAAAGAUUGCGUGGAAAGGCAACGAGGGCUUGAUUACAUGCGUUGUGGCUUUGAAGUUGCCGACUCCAAGAGAUCUGUUCGUACGUUUCUGGGAAAACAGCAAGGCAGGAGACGACAUGGUGAUAUUCUGGAAAGCAAGUCGGCCCAUGGUGCUGGCGCUCCCAGGACUGGAUAUUAAGCAAGAGAUUCGGUCCAUCGGAGGCCCGUUCAAAGUGCACGGGCACCUUAUAAACUUGCAGCUUGUUCACGUUCUGCGCGCCUUGGGCAAGAAGAAGAAGCAAUGGGAUUCCAGCGCAACCAUCCUGACUCUUGGCAUGGCCGGAGCACGGUACGAGAUGUUGAAGUACGACGAGUCCAGCGUGCGUUCCCGUUACGACUCGUUCUCGGGCAUGAGGGACACGCUGGUGUAUUGCUACCAGCACCCUCCGCCAACGUUCCCUCAGUACAAAGAGCUAGAAGAGAAUAUAGUGACAGGCUUCAACGAGAACCGAACUCCCAAGUUGCAGACCCAUCGGACAUCUAAGGGCGAUGACCCUUAUAAUGGGUAUUGGAACGCCCGCGUGCACUUGUGGGCGCUCAAGCCAGAGUCGCUGCGGCGAAACGCGUCGGUGACGUUCAGCAUGCUCCCGCCCCCAGAUAAGGGCAAGCUCCUCGAUCAGCUGCAUGCCAGCGUCGGCGCGGGCAAUGUUCGGGAGGCGCGUGAAAAACUGUCGCAUUCUGGUAAGUGGGAAGAAAUUCCAAUGAGACUGUGUCUCGGCACGGGCAAGCAAUACCAGGCCGUGGACGAGGGCCCCGCCGACGACGAGCCUGACAGGACACCGAUGGCGCCCCGUGCUGCGCGCGGCGGACACGCCGCGAAGGUCGCAGUGGCGUGGUCGAACUAUUACGAGACCUGCUACAUGAGGCGGUGCCGUAGCUGCGGCGAGGACGGACUCGCGUACAAGAGCCUCGAACUUGCGGGCGCUGCAGACGGUCGGGUCUGCGCGUACGGCAAGGAGCACGGCCGCCCAGACAGGGAGCAUGGCAUCGUGCAUCCCAGCGGCCCAGCGAGGACAUCCCAGACACCUGAUCAGCUGGUGUCCAGGAUUCCUGCGGGCAGCGGCCGCCUGCUUAAGUGCGGGCGGUGCGGCUACGCCACGCUGCGGUACGGACAGGGAUCCUGCCGGCAUAUCGAGCGGCUCGCGCCCGCUCGACCCGCGAUGCCGUUGCUCAUCGACGAGGCCAUGGGCGCCUUGAAGGACAAGGACAUGACCUACUCGGAGUUGGACGCGGCCGCCGUGUCCAGCAAGGCGGCGGGGGACAUUGACGGGCCCAUCGACGUCGGCACUUUUACCCGCGGUGCUCUGCGGAAGCUGGGCGAGGCGAGGGUGACCAGGUCUAUCUUCGACGUCGUGGAAGAGUUUCCGAUGCCGGAAAAUCUGGACCAGGUCAUGGGGCAGAUCGCGGGGCAGACGUGCACCGACGUGCCGCCUGCUCUUCGCCCAGGCGCUGAGCUCCCCGAAGGCAUCAAAUACUCCGUUGUCGGUGGCAACGGCAACGGCGCCGCCGUCGCCGUCAAGAUCUACGCGUUCCAGAACCAGGUGCCCUUGAAGACCGCACAGGAGCUCGCGAUCGGGACUGGGCAUGCUCCAAUAGCGAGAAAAGGCCCAUGGCUCCACAAGAAAACCCUGCAGUGGUUGCUUGAUCGCAUCCCUGGCCGCCGCGUCGAUUGGGCAAGCGCGGAGGAGAAGCAACGGGCGAAACCGACAGACGGCGAAAAGAAGAGAUGGGAGGCCACGGACGAGGAGCCCGAAGAGGGCAUUGACUUCAUCAACAAGCACGCGCCCGCCGUGAACGACAUGAACCAGCAGUGGCUCUUCAUUGAGAAGAACAUCAAGCCGAGCAGCGGGUCCAAUAUUGCGGGGUGGCCGCGGGCUAAAGUUGCUAACGCAGUGCACAACCGAGCGAAGGCAGCAACGGGGUGCGCCAAGGUUGAGCGCUCGUUCCCCCUGUGCGUGUUCGACUUGCACCCGCUGUGGCCAGAAGUGUUGCUUCCGUGCGUCUUCCCGCUCCUAUCGCAGUUUGGACUCCUCUUCUUUGGCUUGCCUGGCAUCGGCAAGACGCCCACUUUCAUCGCGCUCGCCAUGGCCAUGGGCCGCUACACUGCGGCGCGCUCGGGCGGUAAUCUACUCCCUGGAUGGCGCCGCAGCAAGUCGAUGGACGGCUUCAAGUCCAGCCAGGGGACAGCGAGCGAGGGCACUCUCCUCGACGACCCUGGCACGUGGCAUCUCUCGAUCGAUGACCUGAAGUCCUUCUUCGACGCCGCAGAGGACACCUUCGCCAGGGCCAGGUACAACGACGCCAAGUUCGCGAAGAACUCAGCGCGGUGCUUGGCGGAGAAUGAGUUCGAUGAGAAGGACGAACCGCCCGCGGAUGACCGAACCAUUAUCACCGCGGCCGAGGCUGAGAAGCUGUUCAUGAAGCCGUUCUCGGGGUGGAAGCAGGCGCAUGUCCUCGCGGUGCUCAAGCGCACCGUCGCGUGCGUCGCUGGUCGCCACUCCAUGUACCUUCGCUUUCCCAGCAGCGACCCCGACGCGGUGGUCCACCGCAUCAGCUUCGACAACAUCGAGAAGGACUGGUUGCGCGUCAAGCAGUACUGGGGCAAUGACAACAAGAAGUACUACAACCUCUACAAGCAGGGCAUGAGGGAGCAGGACUUGAUCGACCGUGCCGUGACCGCGCGCGGGGACAGGCUGGCCGACGCCUACAUCGCCGAGUGCAACGAGUCCUUGCAGGCCAAGCUGCUCUCCGUCAUGGACCCCGGGGCCGAGGCCAGCGGCGGGGCGAUCGCUCUCCACGUGCGCCCAGAUGGAGACGGGAGUUACGUGUUCCCGACGGGGCCGCCGGCACCGCGCACCAGCACCAAGCGCAGCCGGUGCCGCAUCGACGGCGUGGGGGCGAGGGAGGUGCGUCCGAGGGGCUCCCCGCCGUCGCUUGUCGAGGGCCAGCCCGACAUCCUGGCCGCGGAGCUGGGGGCGAUGCUCGAGGCCGAGGGCUUGGCCACGCAGCCUGGCGUCGAGGCAAGCCCGCAGGCGUUGUCGCCGAGCAGUCCUCCGCUCUUCCCACCAGUAGGCAUGGGGGAGGAGGAUUGA